AUGUUUCCAUCUCGUGUCAACGUUGUCUAUGGAAAACGAUGGGCCAUCGCAAAAAAGCAGCAUGGAAACUGCCGUGUCGACAUCGUGCACGUUUCCGAGGUGGAAAAGGAGCGGCAAUUCCGAAAGAACGGAGAUGUGAAGUGGCUGAUCCAAAAGGAUGGCAGGUCCGAAGGGUUCUUGAUCAGAAAUGAUCAUCAUCCCCGUCGUGCCCUCACAGGUGGCAUCCCGAUGAUGCUUGAGAGUGUCAGUCGGUCCAACAUCAACCAGCGAUGGCUGCUUUGCUUUCCAAGAGGUCCUCCCGGGCCUCACGAGCCCUUUUUCAUCAAGAGUGCCAUCAGUGGGAUGUACCUUGUCGUUGAUGAGGGCCUGCGGAUGGUGACGUUGCAAAAGGAUCCUCCGGAGCUUCACUGGCGCGUCCAUGAUGCGACGCGCAAGGCGGAAUCCUUCAGUACCUCCCUCGUGCGACGCCCAGCAGACAUGGCUGCAGAAUUUGCUGCAGAGCUUGAUUUGCACAGUUUCAAGCUGGCGUACGACCGACGUCGCAGCACCGGGGCUCAAACUGGGGUUCGCGGUCGCGAGGGAAACACCAGGAGCUUGGCCGAGGCAGGCAGUAGCUUCGGAGGCAACUUCCGAAAGACCGCCUUUGCAGCGUACGUCUUCCCCAAAGGAAGACAGCUGGAGAGAGAUGGAACACAGAGGCUAGAGCACGCAGAGCAACGACAGAUUGCGGGUUUGGUGGACCCUGCGUUGUGUCAGUCAGCGGCGACGGCAUACGCAGCAAGCAAAAGGUUUCAGAAAGAGAGGCUGCUUACGAAUUACUGGCAGCAUGCUGAAGGUGGAGUGAAGCUAGCCACCUUUGUCACGAAGAAACCGGCUUCCCGGUCUUCGUCUGUCCCAAGCCUAACACGUGCAGCUGAACCAGAACCCAAGGCAACGCCAGAACCGGUUCAAGAGCCCGAGCCCGUCGAGGAGGUGCUCUCAGAACCAGUUUUCGAAGAGGAGGAGCAGCCUCAGGAGCUGUCGGCGUCCAUGCAGUCGCGGAUGAUGAACUCGCGAUGGUAUCCGCAUCCUUCGCUGACAAGAGGUUCGCUGAAACUGUCGACUCCAGCAGCUCUUGCACAGGGCAUAGAUCCUGAGAAGGACAAAGGCCACCAAUGCCCCUUCUUCGAGGGUAGCAAGCAUCGCUUCAAAGACGUGCAAGACCGACCAGAUGCUCAACUGAGAGAGUCUAUGCGAUCCAUGAAAUGGAAAUCGGAGGAUUUGCCUUGUGGCGGCCAGUUAGAGGAAGCCUUGGCGCUUCCCGACUUGGAGCCCUACGACGGUGAUGUCAGCAGCGCCUUCAGAGAAGGGCCGGCCUCUGGCAGAUCUGUUGCCGAUGUGUCCUCGCCUCCCGACUUGGAUGCUUCGUCAAGCUUCACCCCAGUGGAGCAGAUGCUGCACGAAGAGAUGGUCCUCUGCGAUGCGCACGAGCUGCUGCCUGAAGGGAGCGGCCUGGCACCUGGAGAUGUGUUUCAACGCCUGUGGGGUCGUGGCAAUUCUUUUGUGCAGAGCUACCAGGCGCGCAGAAACGGCCGGGACGUGUGUUGGUCUGGUCCAGGCAUUAGUGAGAACAGGCCGUGGGAGGCAUUUGCUGAGCUCAAGUGCUCUGUCCGGGUCCCAGUGCUGGGAUGGCGGCCGUACCAAGAGGUCAUGCGAUUUGCACUUUGCUAUGAACCUGCAGCAUUUGCUGGCAAGUUUUCCGAGAUGGAUGUCAGUGAAGUGUUGGCGGUGCAGCUGGUUGGGAAUGUCGAUGCCGGCAGCAUGGGGAACUUUCGCAGUGAGAACUUGAUGCUCUUUUAUCAGCCGAUGUGCCCAGGGCCAACUGUGCUUCGGGCGUUGGCUUUGACUCCCAAAGGACGGUUCUCGAGUAUGGCGGUCGAUGGCCACCGCAAGGCUUUAUCCGAUUUUAUUCAUGCUGUGCAAGACGAGGCAAAGAAAUGGCACGUCAAUGGGCAUCAACCUGUCAAGGCAUGGGACAGCACUGAAAGGAGAGUGCUGUUCUCAAAUCUGUCCGAUUCCAAGACGAACCUUGCAAAGACCUUUCGAUGCAAAGUCUUUGUUGCUUUGACCCUGCUCCUGCCAGCUGGCAGCGCCAAGCCAGCAGUGAAACGGGGCAAGAAUGAAAAGGAGGUGGUGGACUACCAUGACAGCGCUGUGACCAGUUUUCUUGACAGGCUCGGCGUGCCCCAGGAGCGGCAUUUGGAAGCCUGCUUCGUGCCGUGUGGAGGCUUCCUGGUGAACGGGCAGAUUUCCGAAUUCGAAAAUGAUGUGUGCUACGGAAAGAUGCUUGAGAUGCAUCGAGCAACGCAUGACAAGGAGCUCGAGAAAUCGGCUGAUUACCCCUACGGGAGCUACUUCGUUGGCAAGAAGCGUUUGUGGGAAACUCGCGUGCAGCUGAAGUUCAAAAAGCCUCCGAUACAGUCUGAAAUGUUUUUCGGCAUCGAGCUGGAGAAGUAUGUGCCAAUGUCCAGAUCCGUCAAGCGGACAAUGGAUGGAGUAGUUCGCAUGUUGAAGGGUGUGGUGGGAAACCAAAUAUACCACAGCGUGGGCGACAACCCGGAGGAAUGUGCGGAUUCGGCAGAACUCGAGAUGCCUACGUUUGUGAUGCCCAUGUGGGCGUUCGAUCAGUACAUCGUCACAGCUGAGGGGGAAGUUCCGCCAGAACUGGAUGACGAAUGCAUCCCAGAGUUAGGUUCGAAGCGCUCCGGCAGAGUCUCGGAGUUUCGAAAGGAGCUGGACAACAUAGUGUUCGAGGUUGGCCCGACUUAUACACUCUGCUUCUGGGGCAUCUCCCAGUGGCUGGACAAGCUGAACUGGCAGCUCAAGCUGCCGCUUCUGGGUCGACUUCACAUGGAUCAGUUUGCUGGCUCACCACCGGUGCAUGUUGUCAUUUACACCCUCAACAGAUCGCAUGAUCCGGAUGAAAAAAGACAUCUCAAUUCCAGGAAGCAGUACUAUCUCAAUGUUGCGUUCUGGAGCUCCAACCAUAGGCCUCGCGGUGAGCGUGUCAUGGAGCUCCUUGGUGCAGCAACGCGAGCGCUGGAUCCAAGUCGGUUCAGCCCGCGCAUGGGUGGACUAUCCCCAGUGAAGAGGCGAGCAGAUGCAGGUGUCGCCUCCAGUUGGCUGGCCUGCUGCGCGGGGCACUGA